AUGGCGACCAAGACGCUGGAAGCUCGUUUCGAGCACCUGUCCGUCAAGGACGAAAAAGAUGCUGGAACUGACAGGGCCUACGGGAAGCACAAGGGUUCCCUUUCAACGGCCGUCUCUUUAUCUGGUCUUGGUGGCUCCGCUCCGAUUAACAACUCCAACCGGGCGCAUCUACUGAAACUGGCUCUUCAAAACACUAAUGACAACAAAGUCAACUCGAUGAAUGUUCCCCCGUCGCCUGGCAAAGGGUCGCAGGGUACAAUUGUGUCUCGCAACACCGACGAGAACGGUGAUCAGCGCAGCGCCUCUCCACUCUAUGACCAGCCCAAGUCACUGCACCUGGGUAUGUUCGAGAUUGGAAAGCCCCUUGGCAAGGGUAAGUUCGGUCGCGUCUACCUUGCCAAGGAGCGGUCCUCGGGCUUCGUCUGCGCUCUCAAGGUGCUGCACAAGUCGGAACUGCAGCAGGGUGGUGUUCAAAAGCAGGUUCGCCGUGAGAUCGAGAUUCAGAGCAACCUCCGUCACCCCAAUGUCCUCAGACUUUACGGUCACUUCCACGAUAGCAAACGCAUCUUCUUGAUCCUUGAGUUUGCGGGCCGUGGAGAGCUCUACAAGCACCUCCGCAAGGAGCACCGCUUCCCCGAAUGGAAGGCUGCGCAGUAUAUCGCCCAGAUGGCGGCUGCGCUGAAGUACCUGCACAAGAAGCAUGUGAUGCACCGUGACAUCAAGCCCGAGAAUAUCCUCGUUGGCAUUCAUGGCGAGAUCAAGAUCAGCGACUUUGGCUGGAGUGUACACGCCCCCAACAACCGGCGCCAGACGAUGUGUGGAACUCUCGACUAUCUGCCCCCAGAGAUGUUGAAGCCCGGCUCGCAGGACAACUACUACAGCGAGAAGGUCGAUUUGUGGAGUCUUGGUGUUUUGACAUAUGAGUUCUUGGUCGGAGAGGCGCCUUUCGAGGAUACACCGGUGAUGACCCAGCGACGAAUUGCCCGGGCAGAUAUGGCUGUGCCAUCAUUUGUCAGCCCAGAGGCAAAGGAUUUGAUCAAGAGGCUGCUCGUUCUUGAUCCAGAGAAGCGCAUUCCCCUCGAUGACAUUCAGCGCCAUCCUUGGAUUGUCAAGCAUUGUGUGAAAGAGGCAAAGCGCAGCUCCGGUUCUUCCAAGGACGGAAAAGCAUGA